AUGCAAAGCGCGGUGUUUAAGAAUUUGAGCUCAAGAGCGUAUUGGCAUCUCAACCGCGAAAAGGGCGCGACGUGUGAUUUCGGUGGAACUGGGCAUCUGCUACACGUGAAGCCAAACCAUUUACUCGCGUCAGCGGCGAAGUGGAGUUUUGCAACCAUCAUGGAUGUCGUUUCCCUUGCUCUGGUAGCAGUUGGCGCUGCGAUCGUUAGCGUUGUGCGUUGGCGUCAGCUUCGUGUGCGCCGCCAAUAUUCACCUAUUGGAGGUCAUCUGUAA